AUGAAGCAUGCUGGAAAGCAUCGCAGGACCAAGCAGCUCAAUAUUAGUGACCUCAAGAUUCGUGAGUACGUGAAGAAGCGGGGAGUCAAGAUUGAACCCGUGGCAUCGAAAGCGAACGCGGCUGACACAAUGACGAAACCUCUACCUCUGGAGGUAUUUGAACGGCACAGAGAGAAGCUCGGUGUGCGCACUUCAAGAAUGAUCUCUCGUCGGGAAGGCCGAGAGUGGCGUGGUUCACCGCAGAGCCAAGCACGAAGAGUUCGGGAGGAGACAAGCCCCGAAGCCGACGAGACCGGCAAAGACAAUGUUGUUGAGCAGAGUCGUGGCCGUCGAGGAAUCCCAGUCCGCUUCAAGAAGAGAGCCCGAGUUAAGAUGAAACUGGAGAGAGCGUGA